AUGGCGGCGACUGCUAUAGCCCAAAGUCCAAGUAAUGAUAUAGCUAGAGACGUAGACAGCAUUUCCAACUCCAGCACGGAUUCACAACAUCAACUUACUACUCCUGGAGGUUCUGUCAGAGGAAGGAUCUCCACUCAGAACGAUCUUCAUACAGCAAGAGAUCGCAGCAAAGACUGGAAUGCUGCCAUGAAUAGGAGGAAGAACGCCAGAGCAAGAAUCUCACAAGCUGGUGGUAUAGGGGCGUUUAUUCCAAACUUUAAUAACAGCUCCCAGCUCUCUAUUGACGCAAUUGCUACUGCUGAUGGUCCUACUGACGCCGAUGGUGUCCGUGCCGUAGAUGAUACUCAGCCAGCAGACACCACAAACGGCAACGACAAUGUUGACACAGCUUCGCUACCCAGGCCCCCAGUCCGCCGAAUGAAGUCAAAUGCAAGCCAUAGACACUCUCAGAUAGGCCUCAUUGCCUCCGCUUGGGACAAGGAUCUCGCUGGAAUGGUCAUGGCUGAAGCUUCCAAACAGAAAGAUGACGAUCAAGAACGGCAACAACGUCCUACUUCCAUGGCCGGGUCUAUAGAAGGAACAUCUUCUAGAGAACGUAGUAAAUCGAGAGAUAGAACCAUCCUCACUGAAAAAGAACGAAGGCGGUCUUCUAUGACACUUCCUCUUGGAACAAAGCAAGUUCAGCCUCUACAAGGAGGAGAACAGGAAGAUGAUGCAACGAAAAGUAAAAGAGCCUCGCGAUUGCAUCGUCGCUCAAGAUCUCUGAAAAGGCAAUCCACGCUAGACCUGCAAGACAGAGCCUCGCAACUAGCACACGUCGCUGCUGGAUUCGAUGAUGGUCUGAGAGAAAUAUCAUUAGAAGGUGUCUACACGAGGGAAGGAUUAGAUGAUGAUGCAUCGAAAAAGAUGGUAGAUAGGUCACGAGAUUUGAAUGAAAAACAUAGAAGUCGGUCGUCUAUGGAUCUCAAGGGAUCCUUCCUGAACGGAAAGCCUAGCGUCGCUACAUUUGCUACAAUCAUCACAUCUCUAGUUACCAGUGUCACGGCAGCCGUAACAGGACCAUCAACACCAACAUCGCCUACUCUGACUGCACGAGAUCUCGAAGACUUUGAAGACGAGAAGAUGCCAUCUACACCCGAAAGAAGUAGGCCCAUGUCGUUACCUGCAGUGCCGAUAACACCUAUACCCAACCAAUUACCAACGACUUUUAACGAAAGGAAGACAGAUUCAGCAAUUGAUAUGCCAGCACCACUUGUUAAUAUUAGUGCAGCCCCAAUACCACCGCAGAAGUCCAAUUUCGUUAAGCCAGCUUUGCCAGCACGAAAGACGUCACAAAGCAAUCUCAAACAAUCUACGACUGCAUCAGCUACAAUAAAUCCAUUACCAUCAUUACCUGUCACGCCCAUAAUCGCAUCAACUACAAAAGAAGAACCAAUAAAUCAACCUCUUAUAAUACCCAAUACAGCAUCCGAGACUCCAACUCCACCGAGAAAGGAUAAUCAAGUGCCGACAACAUCGAAUAGCACGACGCCUGAUCAGCAGCCUGGUGUGCCCGAAUGGACUCCUAUAUCUAGACCGAUAUUGAAGAGGGUUGCUUCGCAAGCCUCACAAAUCACAAUGGACGAUAUACCUUCUUUGCAUAACUCUACCCUGCCAAGAGGCAAAUUGAGGCCAACACCUUUAUCCACCAUUACAACGGCAGAGCCAGCCGCUGAUGCUGCAGAUCUCACCCGAAAGCCAAGUACGGAAAGUAGAAGAUCCAUAGAUUUUACAUCGGCAUUUGGUGUAAGCUUGCGAAAGGCUCGCAAAUCUCGAGAUGAAGCCCGUGCUGCCCCAGGGCAAGGCGAUAUAAACGACAUUGAUAAAGCAUCCGUAGCCAGUGGACAAUCUAGAAGAUUAAGUAUCGGGGGUUUGUUUGGAGGUAUAGGCAAUAGUCCAUCACAGCCAACAUCGUCGUCCAGACCAAAACCUGGAAAGGAGUUGCCAAUCAAUCCAAUGACACCAACAGCACCAUCAUCAACAAUAUCUUCAUUGGCUUCUGCAUCCUAUGGCUUCUUGAAUUCAAUAAACUCGAGAGCCAAGGCAACACCCAACGAAAACUCCUCCCUGCCUCCUCAACGUGCAACUCACGUUCCAGCUACAAUAUCUAGCACUCCAUCUAUAAAUAGUAGUAUAUCGUCGAUAGCAUCAAUACCGCAGCCAUCAUCGCCACCACCUCGACAGACUGCAGUACCAGGAAAGUUGUCUUCUAUAGGGGGUUGGUCCACAUCGGGUACAUUAUCGUCACCAGAAUCGCCUUUAGCAGACGAAAGGGCAUUACCUGGAAAAAACUUGCCAGAUGCUCCAAAACCGUCUGUGUUGUCCCCUUCAGCUCCGAGAAAGUCCUUGGAUCAAUUAGCUGGGUUUGGAGGCUUGUUCUCAAUGUUUGAUCGGAAGCCCGAGGCACCUGCUCCUAUUGUGAGAGGUGCUCCGCCCAGACGAUCAAAUAGAGCUCAAGAGUAUGCGUUUGACGUUGCUCAAAUAAGUAGCAGUACCGAUCAAAACGUUAUACCAACACCACCCGCUUCGAAUGGUACUUCACCACCCAUCAGUCCCGCCGGAUCGGUACGUGGUAGUGGUCUAGUGGGACGUAAUGCCAGAAUUAUACCGAUGCCUCUAGGAUAUACAGAACAGGCCCUCAAAGAGAAUGCCAAGACCCUGGCCAUGCCUACGCUGGCUCUCCAGUACCUCCGACACCUUGUAUCACUAGUAAAUGCAGAUGCAGAUGAAAGUGGUAUGAUAUUCACAGAUGCCCUAGACAUUGCUUCAAGGUUGUCUGAGACACAAUCCGGAGAAGCUCAAUACUUGCUCGGGACUCUGUAUGCCAAGAUGGGUAAUUUCCCCAAGGCAGUCGAUAAUUACGGAUCAGCUGUACGUAACAAGUACCCUCUCGCUGCUUGGGAAUUAGGAUGUUGUUUAGAGACCGGAGAAGGAAUGAAGAAGUCUGAUCCUGCUCGAGCCUCACGUAUGUACAAGACAGCUGCUGCUGCUGGACAUAAGCAAGCCGAAGCUCGUUUAGGCAGGGCAUUGUGGAGAGGCGAGUUGACCCUAGAACAGGAUGAAAAGGAAGGUGUUCGACUACUCAAAGCAGCUGCUGAAGGAGGAGCAGACGGAGAAGCUGCUGCGUUGUAUGACCUAUCAUGGGUUUUUCAAAAAGGUUCUAAGCCUGCCGGUGUUGAAAAGGAUGAAAAUAUGGCAUUGAGUUAUCUGUCGAAAGCUGCUUCGCUCAAUUAUGCAGCAGCUUGCGAUAAAAUGGGGUUCGCACUUGUCAAUGGUAGUCUUGGCUUACAAAAAGAUACAAAGGAAGCUAUUGGGUGGUAUGAAAAGGCUGCUGCUCAAGGAUAUAAUGAUUCCAUUGUUGCACUAGCUGCCUUAAGAAAACUGUAA